AUUGGCCGCUCUGUGGGCGCGUGCCUGCGUGCGUGCGUGCGUGCGUGCGAGGCUCGGAGAGUUUAUUAUGUAACAUGUUCCCAAUCACAUCCCAGCCGGAGUCUGAGGCAUAAGGUCGCUUUAAGAGCUAUCUGAGCUCCUAUCAGUGAUCCCGGCAGGACACCUCCUCUGGACACACUGCUACACCUCCUGCUACACCUCCUGCUACACCUCAAACUCUGCUGGGCUCACCUGAUGCAAGGCAGGGCUCGGACCUCAGGAAAGAGGAACAUUUCGGAGGACGGAGGAGUCUGCUCCACCUGUCCGGAGCCGCAGACAGACGGUGGGUCCGGGUGAAGCUGCAGACUCACAAGGGAGCACACGGAGAGUGCAGACAAGGGCUGAGGAUGAGGGAGAGCAGUAAAAUAAUAUUAUUCAUGAAGUAAUCACAGCAGGUGAGACCCAACAAAUUAGUUCAAUUAGUCUCUCGGUCUUUGAAGUGAGCCGUCAUGGAGCUGCAGCACAACACCAAUCACAACCAGGCCCUGUGGAAGGAGAUACCGUGGGAUAUCACCGAGGACUGCUCGCUCUCGGUCAGCGGCCCCACUUUUCUCAUCGUGGCGUACAGCACGGUUAUGGCAGUGGGUCUCAUUGGGAACUCUUGCCUCGUGUUUGUCAUCACACGGCAAAAGGAGAUGCGUAACGUCACCAACAUCUUCAUCGCCAACCUGUCCUGCUCCGACAUCCUCAUGUGCAUCGUGUGCCUGCCGGUCACUAUUAUCUACACGCUGAUGGACCGCUGGAUCCUCGGAGACGCCCUCUGCAAGCUCACGCCCUUCAUCCAGUGCAUAUCAGUCACUGUGUCCAUCUUCUCCCUCGUCCUCAUCGCCAUGGAGCGCUACCAGCUCAUUGUCCACCCGACGGGAUGGAAGCCUGUGGUGGGCCAGUCCUACUUGGCCGUGGCCGUCACCUGGGUCGUGGCCUGCUUGAUCUCGGUGCCUUUCCUCUCGUACAGUGUGCUCACCUUGCCGUUCCAGAACCUGAGUGUCCCCUUCCCGGUCAGCGAGCACCUGGUUUGCAUGGAGAGGUGGCCGUCGCUCCAGCAACGGCGCGCUUACACCACCUCGCUGCUCAUCUUCCAGUAUUUCCUUCCUCUCGCCCUCAUCAUGGUCUGCUACCUGCACAUCUACCUGCGCCUCAGAAGGAGGAAGGACAUGGUGGAGCGCGGCAGGAACGCCACUCAGAAGAAAAACAAGGGCACCACGAGGAUCAACGUCAUGUUAAUCUCCAUCGUGGUGGCUUUCGCUGUCUCCUGGCUCCCCCUCAACGUCUUCAACACGGUCUUUGACUGGAACCACGAGGCCAUCCCGUCCUGCGGCCACGACAUUAUCUUCUCGUUCUGCCACCUCACGGCCAUGGCGUCCACCUGCGUCAACCCCAUCAUCUACGGGUUCCUCAACAGCAACUUCCAGAAGCAGCUCAAGUCCACCCUGUUGCGAUGUCGCUGCUGGGGGGUGGAAGAGAGGUACGAGAGCGUCCCGCUCUCCACCGUCAGCACCGAGGUCACCAAGGGGUCAAUCCUGAGCAAUGGAUCUAUCAGCGUCAACACUUAGAUCCAAGCCUUUUCAUUCAAAGACAAAGAAGCUAUGGGGGCCUCUUCCGUCCUCAUUGUGUCAUCCUCUGGAUCUUUUCUUGCUUCAUUGCGUCCAAAAGCAAGGUUGACAUUUACAAAGUUAUAAAGCUCACAAUAGCAGUCCAGAGGGAGUCAGUGAAGACACUUAACCAGCGUGGCGCUGUGCCCUCGAUUCAAUACGAGUUCACAUGUAAGAGGAAGCAGAUAGCAAACUGAUGGUACAAAGGUUGGACAAGUUUAAGUGUUGUUGGGCGACUGAAGGCACUUUACAUGAGCACUUUUGUAGUGUGGGUAGUAAAUUCCCCGUGUGCUGUGGACACAUGCUAACAAAGAGACAGCAUUUAAUCUGCUACACGUCUGUACUGUUUUCUGUCAAAAGCUACUCAGAAGCCACAUUUAAAUAGAGACGUUUAGUGUUUGCUUUGCACAUGUUUACCUGUGAGCAGCAGAGCCACCAGGAGGUACAGAAAGGCUUUGGGGAGCUGCUUUUCACUUUUUGCUGUUUUAUGACAUUAGUGUUGAUGAAAAUAUUAUGGGACUGUGAACUGUGAUGUGUUAAUGAUUAUCAGCAGAGCAGCUCGUCACAUACCUGAAAGGAGAGGACAUUAAAUGUGGCUCCAGGUGUUCAUUCGGUCAAUUUACUGGCAUCUUCGUAAUGUGUUUCUUAUUACCUGAAGUCACCACAAACAACAUAAUGAUCUUUUACAGAAAACCUUGGCAACAGCUGUGUACAUUUCAUGCUGCGUGCCAAGGUCUGCGCUUCAGUAUAUUGUGGGUGUGGGAUGUUUUUUUUCUCAUAAAAUGUGCCAUACAGUAACCAUAUAUCAAGUGCCAUAAAACAAAAUAAAAGUGGCAGUAAAGGACUUUGUGAGAGCUGCUGUAUAUAACGUCACUAAAUGCACGUACAGCCUGUAAAAGAUGUGACACAGUUACAGUUUAUGGUGUGGUGGGGAAUGAAGAGCACCGUGUAGCAUAGCAGAUGUCUGUCGUGGGUCACUUUGUGCUAUUGAACUGAAUUAAAACAUUUACACUAUUGUGUUUAAUGAUAA